ACCGACGCACUCCUCUUGAGAAAUCCAGCAGAGAGGCUUGAAAUUUCUCUUUCUUUCUUGCUCAACCACAAGAUUUGGGGCUUAGAAUCUUCCCUCUCAACCCAGAAAUCCUGGAUCUGCUCUGCUUCUUCCUCCCUUGUCCGUCGGGUUCUGCUGGGUGUGGAUCCUUCGGCUUUUCUGCCCGUGAGCUCUCCCUGCAGCUUGCCGUCGGCUCCUUCUCCCUCUGCUAGCUCCGGUUCUUGCUGGAAAAUUCUGGAAGCGAUACUGAGGAUGGGGAAACCAAGGGGAGUGACGAGUUAGAAGGCUAGCCAUUUCGAGAUUGAUAUAGAUUUAGAAAUAAAUCAUGCUCUGGCAAGCUAGAGUGUAUGUGGAGAUUUUAUGAUAUCAGAGCAUAUUGUAAAAUUUUAUCUUGAGAUUUUAUGGUAUCAGAUUGUGAUUUGAAUAAGUUUCGAGCCUUGUGCACUUAUGGGACCCAUCUCACGAGUGCAUGGCGUCUGUCGCGCCUCGAAUUCGGUUUGGGGCGUGACAGAUUCUCUCUCCAAAAUCACCACAACCCAUUUCAAGCUAAUUCACACUUAAACCAAGCUUAAAAACAUAACUUAAUCUACCAAAAUUUUUCCCAUUUCUCACGGCAGCACAGGGAGAGCAUAACUUUGGCAAAUCACAAUUCACACGCACGGGAUUUUCAAACAAAACAUCACAGCAGCUAAUUCAAGCUCAAUUCUACUUAAUCAAACUUAAAACACAUUUAAAAUGCUACUAAAUGCUACCAGAAUUCCUCCCCAUUUCUGGCACAAUUCGGACACACACAAGGCAGCAAUUAAAUGGCUAAUUUAGGGCUUAAAGAAGUGGCCAUCAUACCAGAAUUUUCCAGCAAGAACCGGACUUGGCAAGGAGAAGAAGAAGCUGGUGGCAAGCUGCAGGGAACUCACGGACUACCCAAAAAUUUAGGGAAAUAAACAGAAAUUAGCAUAACCCAGCCUAAAUCAAGGUUAAAGAGAUGAUUUCUUGGCUGUGGCUUACCCGAAAAUGCCCAAAAAAUCGCACCCCCAACUAGUAGAAACUCACAGACCGAAGGGAAGAGGAAGGGAGAGCAGAUCUGGAAAUUUCUACU